CGGAGCGGCGGGGCUGCGGGGGCUGCGGGGCCGCCGGCGCUGCGGGGGGAUGACGCUCUUCGGCAGCGGGGACGCGGGCUGGAGAUAUUUGGACAUGGCCAGGGAACCCAAGCCAAGCCGGGCCAGGCUGGGCCAGAAGCGGCAGCACGGCAGCAGCCUGUACCACAGUAACUGUGACCUGGACUAUGAUCUCUACAGGGACGACUUUCCGUACCGGGUGUACGAGUACCAGAAGAUCCCCCCCCUCAUUAACCGCAUCCCGGUCAAGGCCAGACGAACUCAUGUGGGAGCAGGAGGCAAAAGCAGCCUGAGCCCCCAGCCUGGGGCGAGGAGCAGCACCAGCUCCACAGCAGGACGGACAAAAUUGCGGGCCGAAGAGCUGCACUCCAUCAAAGGAGAGCUGAGCCAGAUCAAGGCGCAGGUGGACAGUCUGCUGGAGAGCCUGGACCGCAUGGACCAGCGGAGAGAGCGUCUCACGGGGUCCAAGGAGAGCGAGAAGAAGAGGGUAGAGACGGGGGCAGAGUCACCGUCCCCAGCAGGAGAGGGGUCACGGGAGCCCCGGGGGAAGGAGGGGAUGGGAGCUGAUGGGCACAGCGACCUGCGCAACAUUGACAGCGCCGAGGACAGCACAGACACGGAGGAGACGGUGAAAAACCACAUGUCGGACCCCGAGGGGAGCCAGUAGACGGACUGGGAUGCUGUGGCCUCCCCAUGUGGCCAGCCCUUCCAGUCUUGUGUUUGUAUUUCUUUUGAGGCUUCCAGCUAGUGCCACACACGGUGCGAGGUGCCCGCUCUCGGCACAGCCAUCCCCUGCUGCCGGUGCCCGCAGCUCUGCGUCCCACUCCUUGUGAGACGCCAGCCAGCCGUGGCGAGAGAAGUCUUUUGUGUUCGAGUGCGCUUGUUUUCUUUUUCCUCCUGUUUUCAGACCUAGGGAUAAGCAGACGUGGCCAGGGGAGGGAGGGGAGGAGUAAAAAAAAGGACCACAUCCCAAAGGAGCAUCCCAAAUCCCAGCUGCCUUGCAUGCCAGCAUCCCCCCACCCACAGGGUGCUGUGGGGUGCAGACCAGGGCUCUCAGCCCCUACAGCACAGGUCACAUCCCAACCUCCCCUGCCCUGCAAGUCCACCAUCUCUGUGCUUCAGCCCCCCCGGGAACUGGUUCAGCAGGCAUGGGUACAGCCCAGGAAGGCUUUCGGAGCUGCUCGGCAUCCCACAGGAAGGAUGGACCACCCCGAGACAACUCUGAGGGGCUUUCGUGGGAUUUUGGGAUAGAGGUCUGGUGCUGAGCCCAGCUCCGAUGCCAGCUGCAGGGCCAGCAGCGGGGUGAUGCAAACCUCAUUGCUCCCAGUCACCUCUGCUCACAAAUGGGUUUCCCUUACUGGUUUACCACGGGCUGUUCUCGGCCACAGAUCGUGUUUGCGGUCAGCAGGACUCCCGUGAGCAACUGUGCCAGGGUUCCUCGCCAAUGCCCGAGGAAGUUGUGGUCCCCAUCCCAUGCUCCCCAGCGUUGCAUCUCGGUUCAGUGUCCCUCAUUUCUAGGUCAUCCUUCUCUCGCUGGUAGGAACUUGUUCUGUAUUUCUAAUUUGCUCUGGUAAAAGAGUGUAUUGUGUUGGGAAGAAAAAUAAUUUUUAUUUCUUUUCUCUGUU